GGUUCCGGUUGUCAUAUUGUACACAACACAGUGCCGACGAUCCGUGAAAUUAAUCACAAAUAAAUAGGAAAACCUAGCAGUUUCACAAACACAUCACGGUGAAUGGAAAACAAAGUGACAACUGAGUGUUACUUAUUAAAAACAGUGCAAAAAAUAGAAGGAUUACACAACAAUUGGAGUACAACAACCUACGGUCGUUUUGAGGUUAGAAGUGAAGUUCAUAAACAAAGACCUUAAUUAAAAACUGUCACCAACUCGUACAUCAAAAUCAACUGUCAGUAUCAUCCAGUGUUGCCAGCGAGAAGAAGUAAAACUCACCACUUGACAUAUACGGUUCGUUACACGCAAAAUAUGGAUGACCAAUUCCAACUACUGUUCGAUAAAAUGAAAGUUGAAAUGCAGAAGCAAACAGAAGAACUAACUAAUACAAUUACGGAAAAAAUUGAUGAAAAACUAAAACCUAUUCUAGAAGAAAACAAAAAUUUGCAAAAGAAAGUUGAAAACCUGGAGAAAAAAGUGGAGUAUUUGGAGAGAGAGAAAAAAGCCAACAACAUAAUCAUUCAUGGGUUGAAGGAAGAGGAGACAUCCACGCUGGAGCUAGUUAAACAAGUGAAAGAAUGCUUUUCAAAGGAUUUAAAUAUAAAAAUAGAGGACUGGGAUAUUAAUAAAAUAUACCAUAUUGGGAAUAAUAAUAAGACUGGGAAACCCAAGCCUACGCUUCUAUCACUAGUAAGUAAAUGGAAAAAGAGUGAAAUCAUGAAAAAUAAAAAGAAACUCAAGGAGAUAUAUGUUACGGACGAUUACUCAAAGGAAACUCUAGAAAAGAGGAAAGCCCUACAACCCAAGCUUACAGAAGAACGGGAAAAGGGAAAUAUUGCCUUUAUAAAGUACGAUCAACUGAUAGUCAAGAAUACCAUCAAUACUAAAGAUAAAAGAAAAAGGGAAAUAUCUACCUCCCCGCAAAACGAUUCUCAGCCAAGGAAACAACAAACAUUAAUGAAUGCAUCUAAUAAUUGUCGAAUAAAUGCGUUUGAUAUAAUGAGAGGCCGUUCUCUAUCUCUCUCCAGCAACUCUGCUACCAACGAACAAUAGCAAUUAGACACCGGCGACUGGAAACAACAACUAACUAAAAAACAAGACAAGAAUACAACAGAAACAAACCCCCCAAGCCGACUGGUCCUCGUGGGGGGAAAAGACCAAAACCCUCUAAAGAUAGACAAACGUAACACUGAAAUAUACAUAGCUACCUUUAAUACAAGAUCACUGCGAACUACUGAAAAGCUUAUUGAGCUGGAAUUAGCCAUAAAGGAUAUUAAAUGGGAUAUAAUAGGAAUUAGUGAAAUGAGGAGAUAUGGCGAAGGAAUAGAAGAAUAUCAAGAGUACAUCCUACACUACAAAGGAGAGACACCCGGCCUGUACGGGGUGGGAUUCCUAAUC